UGAGACAGGUAACAGAAAACGUCAGUGGCUGUAUAGUAGUAUAGACUGGCAUAUAGCAGCAUUCAGUAAUGCUGUACAUAGCCAUGGCCCAGCGGCCAGACACUCCUCCCUGCACCUUCCUCUCCCGGAGUCCGACUCCCGGCUCACCUCCACCCCUGAUAGCCACUGGGCGGGGGGCGGCUGGUGAGGAGGCAGUGAGUCAGGGCUCGGAAUGAAAUGGGCGGGUGAGACUAGUGAGUGAGCAGCCAGGAAUACAGCAGCCUGGCGGCGGCGGCGGGAGGAGGAGAGGAGGUGGAGAUCGCUGAGACUGGAGGCAGAAGGGGUCGGGCAGGGAACAUGAAGACUACAGUAAGCACAGUCACUGGCUGCAGCACAGACUCAGCACUGGGGAGCGGGGUGUCUGCCCGCCGGGUUCCGGGCUCUGACAGAUGAUAUUAUCACAAGCUUGUACAGAAGGACUAUUUCCAGUACUGGGAUCUAUUUGCAGAAAAUGAACUCAAACUAAUGAAAUUUGGACUUUAUCAGCCAAGUCAGGAACACAAUACAACACAGUAAACUAUAUAUUUUAACAAGGGAAUUAUUGCUGUGAAGAAGUGUUGCUCAAAUGGAUGCAAUUGAGACUACAAACAUUGAAGAACACACGGAUGUUCCGCGCAGUGAAACACAAAAUGGCUUCCCUAGGUCUGUUUCAUCAAACAGUGAGGAUGAUAACAAUGUUAAAACCAAAUCCAAAAGUCUGCCAAAUGGUUUACGAAAAGGAGCAAAGAAAUAUCCGGACUACAUUCAAAUUGCUAUACCAACAGACUCCAAAACAAAAUUUCCCUUAGAAUGGUGGAAAACUGGCAUUGCUUUCAUUUAUGCACUUUUCAAUAUGGUCCUCACCACAGUUAUGAUCACAGUGGUGCAUGAAAGAGUCCCUCCUAAGGAGGUGAGCCCACCCUUGCCUGACAAGUUCUUUGACUACAUUGAUCGAGUAACAUGGGCCUUUUCUGUAUCAGAGAUAAAUGGAAUGAUUCUGGUUGGAAUUUGGUUUAUCCAAUGGCUUUUCCUCAGAUAUAAAUCAAUUGUGGGUCGUAGGUAUUUUUUUAUUAUUGGAACUUUGUACUUGUACAGAUGUAUUACAAUGUAUGUCACAACGCUCCCUGUGCCUGGAAUGCACUUCCAAUGUGCCCCAAAGCUGAAUGGAGAUUCUUACGCUAAAGGACAAAGGAUCCUGCGACUAAUAACAGGGGGUGGCCUGACUAUUACUGGCUCUCAUAUCUUAUGUGGAGACUUCCUAUUCAGCGGCCAUACUGUCAUACUCACUCUCACCUACUUAUUUAUUAAAGAAUAUUCCCCACGUCACUUUUGGGGCUAUCACUUAGUCUGCUGGCUGCUGAGCGCUGCGGGAGUGGUCUGCAUUUUAGUUGCACAUGAACACUACACUGUGGAUGUCAUUGUGGCCUACUAUAUAACCUCUAGGCUCUUUUGGUGGUAUCACGCCAUGGCUAAUGAGAAGGCCUUAAAGAUUUCAUCCCCAACUAAUCUCCUUUGCCGAACCUGGUGGUUUCCUGUGUUCUUCUUCUUUGAGAAGAACGUUCAGGCCUGUAUUCCAUGCUGCUUCUCCUGGCCCAUCUCAUGGCCUCCCAGCUGCUUUAAAUCUUCAUGUAAAACAUAUUCAAGGGUUCAGAAAACAGGGGAAGACAAUGAAAAAUCCACCUAACUUAAACACAGAAGUAACAGACUGUGCAUAAUAAACACUCUUUAACCAAAGGAAAAUAUUAAAAUUUUAUUUUUACGAAGAUGCAAUUGUAAAUAAUGAAGUGGACCAAACGUUGUGUCUUUUAAUUGCAAAGGUUGUUGCACACAGGAUACUGUGGUAUCACUGCAGUGUGCGUGUCUUUUUGUCUCUGUUAUGGUUACACUGCAUACUCAUUUGUUGAUUCCUAUUCGGAUGAGAACAUCAGUUCCCUUUGAAAAAUGGUAGGUGAUUUGUACCCCAUAGGAGUGCUUUAUAUAAUACAGUAAUUAAAAUUGCCAGUUAUACAUUGAAGUAUUAUUAGUCUCUGGAUUAGUAACCAAUAAUUUAUGGCCAUACAAGGUCCACCUAAAACCUAGUUCUUCAAUAAUAUAUUUUACUCCACAAAUGUAGAGUUUGAGGUACAGGUAAUAACUAACAUUAAAGCUAAAAGACAGUCUGGUCUCAGUUAUAAAAUGUGUUGGACCUUAAAAGCUGUACAUUGCACAAGCAGCUCAAUCUUAAACAGACCCACUUUUGUUGAGCCGCCCUAACAUACCGUAUAUUACCAAGCGUGGCCCUUUACACACCAGUUGUACAUGCAGUAAUGUUAGUUAGUGGCACUUCUCACAAUAUGUAUUUAGCAGUCACUGCAAUUACCCUGGAAUCAAUUUUCUAUCUUUCCUGUGGUGCAGUCAUAUCAAUAUCAAAGAAAAUUAUUUGCCUAUUUAACUGAAUAAAUUGCUAAGACAUAUGGGAAAACAGUAAUGGUCUAUUGUCAUUGCCACAUGAGAUCCAGAUUUCUGCUUGUUAUAGAAGUGGAAUGUACUGGAAGUGGCAUGGGGACAAACCUUAUUGUUAAUUUACUGUUGUGUAUGUACAUGUUUAAUUUAACUCAACAUUUUUAUCAUUUUUAUAAUAUUAUCACACUAACACUCUUUGAAGAAACAAACAAAUGUAACCUUGGGUGAUAAAGCUGACAUACCCAGAGGCAUGUACAUGUUUUAGCAGAUAUAAAAGUGUGUAUAUUCACUCCAACCUGGGUCCCUCCCUAAUUCCUUUCUGGCUAAGGGUCAUUGGUGCUAAUACGAUCACUUUACUUUUGGUUUGGGACCGCGGCACAGCUACUACGCAUGGCGGUCACUAGUCCCAGUAUGUGCAGAUGGAUAUUACCAUGGAGGGAUCUUUUGGAACCAUCUCCCAAAAAAAUAUGGUGUAAUGUAGGCCAUAGUAAUGACUAACGCCAUCUAAAGAUAGCAUUAGCUAUCGGGCCCAAGCUUAGUAAAUUUCACUAUUUAGCAACCCCGAUGGGGUCACUUUUGCGGAAAAAAAACAGGGUAACCAUGGCAUAUAUUACAAAUAUCUGCUGCGGCCACCACUUCUUACAUCCUGAUGAUACUUUUUGUGGUUGUCCUUCGGAAACAACUUUUAAAAGGAUUUUCCACAAAAUUCCUUUUAUGUAUAAAUAGGCCGCUAAAUGUUGUUAUUGGCCUAAGACAAGUUAAAGUGAAUUCAUUAUUAUUAUUAUUUUUUGUCUCUUAAAUUCUUUAUUAGACAUUUAAAUUUUAUGUAGAGCACUCAUAUACAAUACAUGGCUCCUUUAGUUGGCUAGUUAAACCUCCAAUUAUUUUUCCUGGCUGCUCAGUGUUGAUCCUGUUGGGGUUUUGGGAGCAUUUGAAAUGCUGGGAAUGAACCACCUUCCAUUCUGUGAUAUGGAGCCUGAGUUUCAAAUCCUCAGCACAGGAUGCCAUUUGUGCUGUAGGGUCACAAUCCAGUGACUUUGGGUGAAUGAUACACAGUAGUAAAACUUUUCCUACCCACUGAUUGGCUGUAUUUAGGCCAAUUUACUAAUAGUGCCAGUGAGUCUCUUCAUCUAGAUAAAUGUGCACAGUUCAAUCUGUUUUACCCCAGUAUAAUCUGUGGGUGACUCUCCACAUAAAGAAAGUUGAGAUUUGUAAUUUAACAAUUAAUUGAAAUUCCAGAACUGCGUAGGUAAGUUUGAAGAUUUGUACAUGUGUCUGUUUUUUGUUUUAUUUUUGUGAGGGAUUUUUUUUUCCCGAAAAGAAGAAAACAUGUUCCUUAAGCAAUAAAGAAAUUGAAAGAAUAUCCUUUAUUGACAAAUAUCUAUAUAUCUUGACAUAAUUCCUUUCUUUUAUGUGCAGUUUAUAUACAUGUAUAGCUGUUUUGCACUUUUGAGCUAACUCAUAGGUUGUUUUGUUAUGUUAUGUUAUGUUUUAUUUAUUUCAAGAAUACCUGUAAGAAUUUAUCGUGUGAAAUUCAAUUUGGCACAUAGGCAGCUAGGUUCCAGCAUUUCAACCGUUUUGCCUGCAGUUAGUGACCACCAAUUUUGUAGACCAUAGAGAUGUACAUCAAAAUUUAUCUAUCAUCGCAACUGCACUUUGCCACUUAUUGAAUUUCCCUGCAUAAUUCCGAUCAUAAGAGCAAAACAUUUGAUCUUGCCAGUGUUUUAAUUUAAUUCCUAGUUUAUGUUUCAUGAUACCAAAAAGUGACUUAAUAUUACGCUUUUAAUCGAAAAUGCGAAAAGUGUAUUAAAUAGCAUAUUUUUGUAUUAAAAACUGAUUUUUUUAUGUUCCAUGAAUGUACACAUGGGAUGCACAUUUUGAUAAAAUUGUUAUUGUAAAAUAAACCAAAAUGGUGCUGUUGUGUGUUUUUUAGAGUCAUCACUGUCCAAUAUUGUGGUACACUCCACUUCAUUAUUAAAUAGGCUUAGCUAUGCUUUGCUCCUUUGAUUGAUGGCGAGAAGCCCUAUUAGAUGUGGUGAAAACCAAUCUCCUGCCUAUACAGAAGCAUGGCAAUUUUUGACUGAGGUAAUAAAAAAAUUAAAACCCAGAAAAGUGACACAAAUAAUAAAUGCUGCAAUUUCCCCUCAUUUUCAUUUUAUAAAGAAAAAUUGAAAUGUUGAAAUUACUGAAGUGGGUGGUCUUAGGGGGUCAUUCCGAGUUGUUCGCUCGUUGCAGAUUUUCGCUAUACUGCGAUUAGUCGCUUACUGCGCAUGCACAAGGUUCGCAGAGCGCAUGCGCUUAGUUAUUUUACACAAAAGUUAGGUAUUUUACUCACGGCAUAACGAAGCUUUUUCAUCGCUGUGCUGAUCGUAGUGUGAUUGACAGGAAGUGGGUGGUUCUGUGCGGAAACUGGCCAUUUUAUGGGAGUGUGUGGAAAAACGCAGGCGUUCGAGUUGCAAAACGCAGGAGUGGCUGGAGAAACGGGGGAGUGGUUGGGCAAACGCUGGGUGUGUUUGUGACGUCAAACCAGGAACGAAAAGGACUGAGCUGGUCGCAAUGGCUGAGUAAGUCUGGAGCUACUCAGAAACUGCUAAGAAAUUUCUAUUCGCAAUUCUGCUAAUCUUUCGUUCGCACUUCUGCUAAGCUAAGAUACACUCCCAGAGGGCGGCGGCUUAGCGUGUGCAAUGCUGCUAAAAGCAGCUAGCGAGGGAACAACUCGGAAUCACCCCCUUAAAGCAGUACAGGUUGAGUAUCCCAUAUCCAAAUAUUCCAAAAUACGGAAUAUUCCGAAAUACAGAAUUUUUUGAGGGAGAUAGUGAAACCUUUGUUUUCUG